AUGUCGUCCAUGCAGCAGCGCAAGAAUGAGAUCCUCGCCAAGCGGGCUAAGCUUGCUGAGCUGAAAAAGCAGCGCGAGCUGCGCCAGAAGGAGUUCACCAACACCCGCAACAGCGUCGGCGAUGUUUCAGAGAUUGUGUCGCCCAUACCCGGCCGGUCAGAUAAUAGAGCUGAGCUCGACGACCUGAUCUCCCGUCUCGUGGACCGCCCGGGGUCAGCAUCCAUCAGCCACGGCGCCGAAACCCAGUCCCGCAAAGGAAGCCGGCCAAACUCCAUACUCAGCGCCAGCCAACUGAGCGGCGAGAACGCCGAGUCCUCCUAUGUGCCUUCGUCGCGACCGCAGUCCCAAUCCAUUGCCGUGCAGACCGUUGGAGAGGAGUCGUACACUCCAUCCGUGCCUGAAGCCUCAGCCCCGCAACCCCCUGAGCCUAAACCGGAGGUGGUCACAUACAGCAAAGCUGUACAAACAGACCUGUCAGACCCUUCCGCCGAAUCUCAAGAUGGCUCCGUUGCCUCGGAUGACGAAGACGCUGCUGGGACUAAGCGGUCAAGCAAACGGCUCAGCCGCCGGGAGCGGGAGCGGGACGAGGAGAUCCGGCAGAAGCUGCGGACGGAGAUUGAGGAGGAACUGCAAGCAACCAACCAGAGGGGAGAUGAUUCUACGGCCGUCCAAUCCACACAACUACGAUACCCUCUACGCACACUCGAGGAGGACGAGCUGAAGGCGGUGACUUCCUCGGAUGAUUUUCUGGACUUUGUGGAGCGGUCCGCCAAGGUCAUUGAGCGGGCUCUGGAUGAGGAAUACGAUGUUCUCGCGGACUAUGAGCUGGGCGGCGUUGAUGGAGAUUUGGAAGAAGAUGAAGAGACUGGGAGGAAGAGGAGGGGCAUCAAAGAGGUUUGCCAGUUCUGGGACGAGCGAUGGAGCAAGAAGCGCAUGGUCAGCGACCUCAGCUUCUCUCCCAAGUUCCCUGAGCUUGUGCUGGCUGCAUAUACCAAGAACCCGUCUGCACCCCAUGAACCCGAUGGCCUCGUCCAAGUCUGGAAUCAACACCUGCACUCUCGACCGGAAUACGUGUUCCACUCCACGUCCGAUAUUCUCUCCGCUAAAUUCUCUCCUUUCCAUCCCAACCUCAUUGUGGGCGGCUCGUACUCGGGCCAGGUGCUUCUAUGGGACACUCGGUCGUCUCGUGCAGGUGGAGGCGCCCCCGUCCAGAAGACUCCGCUAACCGGGUCUGGCCAUACCCAUCCCGUCUACAGUAUCUCGAUCGUCGGCACGCAAAACGCACAUAAUAUCAUCACCGCCUCCACCGAUGGCGUGGUCUGUGGUUGGACGGUGGACAUGCUUUCGCAACCUCAGGAGUAUUUGGAGUUGACUACGCCUCCGCCAUCCAAGACGGAGGAUCUUGCUCCGACGACCAUGUCGUUCCCACAAUCCGAUCCAACGUUUUUUAUUGUGGGUACUGAAGAAGGGGGGAUCUAUCCAUGCCACCGGUACGAUCGCGCAGGGGCCAAGGCCGGCACUGACCACCGCCUGGCCUAUCGCGGGCAUGCGGCACCGAUCAUGUCCACCGCAUUCCAUCCCGCCCGCGGACCUGUGGACCUCGGCGACUUGAUGCUCAGCUCCAGUCUAGACUGGAGCGUGAAGCUCUGGCGUGUCCGUCCCCCAGCGACAACUGCCUCUGCCACAUCCGGCACGGCAGACCCUCAAGUCGUCUCUCCUAUUCUGGAUAUCACGCGUGAAGACGUUGUCUACGAUGCGCGCUGGUCCCCGCACAAACCAGGCGUAUUCUCUCUCGUUGAUGGGGGUGGCAACGUCGAAGUCUGGGACCUGUACACCGAUACAGAAGUCCCCGUCGUGCGGACGACUCCGACCCGCGGCCGCGGCGGCAUCUUGUCCCGUAGCUUGAACAAGGUUGCCUGGGAAGAGCGGGAAGGCCGACGCCUGGCGACUGGCGGGCUGGACGGCGUUGUGACCGUUUUCGAAGUCGGUAAAGGCCUGGGUGGGCUUCCAGAUGAGGUACCCGCCGAGGAAUGGACAGGUAUGAAGCGGCUGGUGGGGAAACUGGAACAGAAAGAUCGGAUCGCCUAA